ACUAGUAUGAAACCUUCGAGAUAGUGGAGAAGUUUUACGACUCCUCCUUCAAGAGGCCUCGGGCGGUGGCCCAGGUGAGAGGCGGGCUCAUCUUCCUAUUGGACGAUUCCCAGCUCCUUCCUCUCGACGUCAACCAGUAUGCAGACUCACUGAGGAAGUACGCAGAGAGCAUCGCGCAGCUGGCACAGAGACACCCAGAGGAGAUGAAGAUGUACGAGGUGUCGUUUGCGUCCUUGUUUUCUGCUGCGGAGAACUUCACUGUUGCAGCCAGGGACUUCCAUGAGCGCCUACAGACUCUCAACAAAGCAGAUCCUCUGCAGGUUCGCAUCAUGAAUGAUCAGUUCAUGUAUCUGGAGAGAGCCUUCAUAGACCCCCUGGGCUUACCUGGCAGACCCUUCUACAGGCAUGUAAUUUUCGCUCCCAGCAGCCAUAAUAAAUACGCAGGAGAGUCUUUCCCCGGGAUCUUUGAUGCAUUGUUUGACAUCGAGAACUCAGCCAAUCCACAGAAGGCCUGGGAGGAAGUCAAGCGUCAGAUCAGCAUAGCAGCAUUCACUGUUAAUGCUGCUGCCAUGACACUAACACCACCUGCGUGAAUAAGGCACAGUUUAAAGCCGUGUGAUGGAGCUAUCUAUUGACAAUUGUGUUAAAACACCAGACUGUGAAGAGAAGGAAUACACUGCCUCCUGCAACACACAGAGAUGGACAAUUACUGUUUUCUGGUUUUCUGAAUCAGUCAAGUUCCAGGAACAUCCGGAGCUCAGCGAUACAGUGACUCUCUGAGCGCCAUC